CCCCCCCGCCCGCGGGCCGCCCCCCGGGCCCUGCGUCCCCUCCCCCGCCGGCGGGGCCCGGACAGAAGAUGGUGCACCGGAAAACAGCCGACCUCCAGCGCUUCCACCGUUCGUUCAAGGCACAGGACCCUUUGGAGCUGGCCUUGUCCCUAGAGCAGGCCCACCUCGGGGACACGGACCACAGCCCGGAGCUCGAGGCCCGCCCCGACAUGCCCGCCAGCCAGCCCAUCGACAUCCCGGAUGCUAAGAAGAGGGGCAAGAAGAAGAAACGGGGCCGCGCCACCGACAGCUUCUCGGGCAGGUUCGAAGAUGUCUACCAGCUGCAGGAGGAUGUGCUGGGGGAAGGCGCCCAUGCCCGCGUGCAGACUUGCGUCAACCUCAUCACCAACCAGGAGUACGCGGUCAAGAUCAUUGAGAAGCAGCCGGGCCACAUCCGGAGCCGGGUCUUCCGGGAGGUGGAGAUGCUGUACCAGUGCCAGGGACACAGGAAUGUUCUGGAGCUGAUCGAGUUCUUCGAGGAAGAGGACCGCUUCUACCUGGUGUUUGAGAAGAUGAGGGGCGGCUCUAUCCUGAACCACAUCCACCAGCGGCGGCACUUCAACGAGCUGGAGGCCAGCGUGGUGGUGCAGGACGUGGCCAGCGCCCUGGACUUCCUGCAUAACAAAGGCAUCGCCCACAGGGACCUGAAGCCCGAGAACAUCCUGUGUGAGCACCCCGACCAGGUGUCCCCCGUGAAGAUCUGCGACUUCGACCUGGGCAGCGGCAUCAAACUGAACGGGGACUGCUCGCCCAUCUCCACCCCGGAGCUGCUCACCCCGUGCGGCUCUGCAGAGUACAUGGCCCCGGAGGUGGUGGAGGCGUUCAGCGAGGAAGCCAGCAUCUAUGACAAGCGCUGUGACCUGUGGAGCCUGGGCGUCAUCCUCUACAUCCUGCUCAGCGGCUACCCGCCCUUCGUGGGCCGCUGCGGCAGCGACUGCGGCUGGGACCGCGGCGAGGCCUGCCCGGCCUGCCAGAACAUGCUGUUCGAGAGCAUCCAGCAGGGCAAGUACGAGUUCCCCGACAAGGACUGGGCGCACAUCUCCCUCGCCGCCAAAGACCUCAUCUCCAAGCUGCUGGUGCGGGACGCCAAGCAGCGGCUGAGCGCCGCGCAGGUCCUGCAGCACCCCUGGGUGCAGGGGUGCGCCCCCGAGAACACCCUGCCCACGCCCAUGGUCCUGCAGAGGAACAGCUGUGCCAAAGACCUCACGUCGUUCGCGGCCGAGGCCAUGGCCGUGAACCGGCAGCUGGCCCAGCGCGAGGACGCGGCCGAGGCGGCCCCGCCCGUGGUCAUCCGAGCUACCUCACGCUGCCUGCCGCUGUCGCCGCCCUCCGAGUCCCAGCUGGCCCAGCGGCGGCAGCGCGCCAGCCCGGCGGCCGGCGCCGUGGUGCUGGUGGGCGAGCGCGGCUGAGCGGGCUGCGGCCCGGCUGUGUGUGUGUAUAGGUGUUUGCUGUUGGGUUUUCCCCUUUUUUCCGUUUCUCCCCGCCUCGCACCCCAACGUUUUUCCCCCUUUCAACGGUGUCAAAGCCACGCCGCCGCCGGCGAGAGCGAGGGCGCCUACUGUGAAGCCCGGACCCCCGGCCGCCCCUCCCCCAGGUGGACGGACAGUGGCCCCUGGGGCCUGGCCCGCCCCGCUGCCCGCCCUCAGCCCCCGGCCCGCCCUCCCCCAGGUGGACGGACAGUGGCCCCUGGGGCCUGGCCCGCCCCGCUGCCCGCCCUCUGCCCCCGGCCCGCCUGGUCCCGGGGAGAGUUGACAAUCCAGGCUUCCUCCGAGGCCCCUGACCUUGACCUUGACCUUAAACUGCAGCUGACCUUGGGGACCCCCCCCCCCCGCCCGGGGCCGGCCCGCGGCGGAGGGGGGGUGGACAGCCGCCUGUCAGCGACACGGGGGCCCGCAGUGCCCCUUCUCAGGGCUCCGUCUGACCGCGGCCACGUCCGGCCCGGGCCCCACGGGCAGCGUCCGCGCUGUCCACCUUCAGGAAAAUCGGCCUCGGCCGCCCCGGGAGUGCGGGGGGGGGCCCCCCCAGCCGGGGCAGCCGGCCGCGGACCGCGGUGAAAACUAUGCAAUCCGAGCUUCCACCCCCCGCUGCGCGUCCGCGGGCCCAGCCGAGUCGGGGUCCGGGUCGGCCGUCGUGUUUAGUUUUUUUUUUUAAAAAAAAACAACAACAAAAAAGCAAAACCAAGAGAACUGGGCUGACUCGGCGUCCCCGUUGUCGGUACCUGAGCGUUGGCGGGGCCUGGCCGGCGGGGGCCCGCGGAACCGGGCCGAGGGGCGGCCGAGGGGCGGACGCCCGGCACCGCGGGGACCGAGCACUUUACCGCGCGGCUUUUGUAUCCGUUUUGUACGCAUUUAAUAAAAGUCAACGCAAACCUG